ACCAUAGACUUUACACUGGCCCCAUUAUGGUGAGGGUCUACAUCAACAUGAGCUGCUUAAUAGCUUUGCUCUUACAGCUGUGUGCACUCACUGCGCUUGGACAGGAGUUGUAUGUAAUCACAGAAACAGAUGACGCUGAUGAUUAUUAUUAUUAUGAUUAUCCCACUGAAAGCCCUGCAGAAGACUUGGAUUUGACUCUAGAUGACUGGUUGUAUGAACUCAUGAAUAUCUCAGAUGAGUGUGAUCCAAACCCGUGUUUGAACAGAGGCAUCUGCGACCACGAUGCUGAUGGGGCCUUCAAAUGUUUGUGCCCUGAGCCUUAUUCAGGAAAAAAGUGUCAAACAGUGAAAGAUGUUUGCAAGAAUGUGAAGUGUGGCCAUGGAAGCUGUGUCAUCACAUCUACUGCUCCAUUCUACGAGUGCAAGUGCAAGGCUCCUUUCAAACCACCCAACUGCAAGAAAGCCUCCUCCUGUAGGCCCGAUCCCUGUCAGAAUGGAGGCUCUUGCGUAAAGGGCCCCAAACGCUCCUCCUUCCACUGUUUUUGCCAGGAUGGAUUCAGUGGAAAGUUCUGUGAAGUUGGGCCAAACGAUUGUUACCAAGAGGACGGAGAGUUUUACCGUGGCAUGGUGAGUGUAACAGUUGAAGAGGAAGAGUGUCUGGACUGGAAUUCUUAUUUCAUCCUGCAGAAAGGGGGAGAUCCCUUCAAAGAGUAUGCAGGUUUUGAUGGAAUUGGGCCACACAAUUACUGCAGGAACCCUGAUGGAGACGAUCAACCUUGGUGCUUCAUUAAUAAAAGUGACAAACUGAAGUGGAACUAUUGUAAAGUUAGGAAAUGUUCUGAAGCUGCACCAACCACACCAACAAUCUAUGAAACAGAUCCAACUCCAGCCAAACCGGACGCCACUGUUACCCACUUCUCCCAAUGUGGAAGGCCGCAGCCCGGCCGCUCGGCUAGGAUCUUCGGAGGGAAGAAGUCUCUUCCUGGGGCUCAUCCUUGGCAGGUUUCCCUGCAGACCAGAUCCAAAGGCUUCUCUGGGCCCUUCAGCCACAUCUGCGGGGGCAUCCUCCUCGAGUCCUGCUGGGUGCUUACGGCUGCACACUGCAUUAAAAGCGGAAUGGAAAUGCAGGUGGUGCUGGGAGGAGUGGACAUAGAGAAGGAUGAAGUAUACGAACAGGUAAUUCCAGUGGAGAAGGCCAUUGUGCACGAGGAUUACAAGGAGAGUCCCUUUGCUCUUCAUAAUGAUGUUGCCAUGCUUCAGCUGAAAGUCCUGGACAAACCCUACUGUGCCAAAGAAACCCGCUUUGUAAAGACCGCCUGCCUGCCAAACCAGGUCUUUGACAGUGGGACCGAGUGUGUGAUCUCAGGAUGGGGCGCGACUGAAACACCUCAUGGAUUUUCAUCCAAUUCACCUAGACCUAUAUCACGCAUUUACAUCGGAAAACAGGAGAAGUACGGUACCAACCAACUGCUGGAUGCUCGCGUCCUCCUGAUCUCCCAGGAGAAAUGUAAAGCUCCCCACGUUUAUGGAAACUCGUUGGAUGACAGCAUGUUCUGUGCAGGCAACAUGAAAGGAGGCGUGGACUCCUGCCAGGGUGACUCUGGCGGCCCUCUGGUGUGUGAGCGUAAUGGGACCCACUAUGUUGUCGGUGUGGUGAGCUGGGGUGACGGCUGCGGCAAGAAGUACAAGCCUGGUGUCUACGCCAACGUCCGCAGAUUUAUUGACUGGAUCGCUUAUCAUUUACUCUCAUAAGGAUGCAUAUGGCCAUACUGUACUGUAUAUGUGAUUUACAGACAUGCUGCCACUGACUCUGUAAUGUCUCUGUUUUGUCAAUAAUACACUUUUCCUUUUUAAAAUUUAGUUAGAAAAUGUUUGUCAAAACUUUCACUCCAUCCACAGAAGAACACAUUACCUCAUAUGUAUUAGUGUUUUAACUCAUGUAUACCUCACUGUUGUGUAAUUACAUACAUAUUUCAAUGCUAAUGUUCUUGUAAGCAUGCUUGCAGCAACUGUUAAUAAAGCUAACUAUAAAAUGUACACAAA